AUGGUUCUCGACCGACUCCAGCAGUUGACCCACCAGGUCAGCGCGACGGCACCAGCUCCGCAUCCCUUCGACCCUCUCUCCGCGGCAGAGAUUGACGCCGUUGUCGCACUCGUUCGCAAGGAAUAUGGCUCGCUCAACUUCAACGCGGUUACUCUAUAUGAGCCGCGCAAGGCCGAGAUGCUAGCUUGGCUAGCUAAUCCGGAGAAGGCCCCCCGUCCUGCUCGUGCAGCUGAUGUUGUUGUCAUCGCGCCGGGUGGAAAGGUCUAUGACGGUGUGGUCAACUUGGACCAGAAGAAGAUCGUCGAGUGGAAUCAUACACCCAAUGUGCAGCCACUUAUCACAAUGGAGGAUUUGCAAGAAGUGGAACAUGUCGUGCGCAAGGACCCCAAGGUUAUAGAGCAGUGUGGAAUUGUUGGAAUCCCACCAGAGGAUAUGCACAAGGUGUACUGUGAUCCUUGGACAAUUGGCUACGACGAGCGUUUCGGUACUGGUGUCCGGUUGCAGCAAGCCCUUAUGUACUAUCGACCGCACGUUGACGACUCCCAAUACACCUUUCCGCUGGACUUCUGUCCCAUCUACAACGCAGAGACCAAGCAGAUCAUCCAUAUCGAUGUGCCACCAGUGCGGAGACAGAUCAAUAGGGCCCCAGCAAACAAUUAUCAUGUCGCUGCCAUCGAGAGGGAAGGCGGUUACCGUACCGAUAUUAAACCUAUCCACAUCACACAACCCGAAGGUGUCUCUUUCCAGAUCAAAGGCCGUGAGAUCGAAUGGCAGAAUUGGAACAUUCACGUGGGUUUCAACUACCGUGAGGGUAUUGUCUUGAACAACAUUAGCUUCAACGACAAGGGCAAUGUUCGACCCAUCUUCUACCGACUUUCUCUCGCAGAAAUGGUUGUUCCAUAUGGGAACCCCGAGCACCCUCAUCAGCGCAAGCAUGCCUUUGACUUGGGCGAGUACGGUGGUGGCUAUAUGACCAACAGCCUAUCUCUUGGCUGCGACUGCAAGGGUGCAAUCCACUAUAUGGACGCAAACUUUGUCAACCGUGCCGGUGCCUCCACAACGAUCAAAAACGCAAUCUGCAUUCACGAGGAGGAUGCCGGUAUUCUUUUCAAACACACCGAUUUUCGUGAUGACUCUGUCGUCGUCACACGAGGCCGAAAGCUGAUCAUCUCGCACAUCUUUACUGCCGCAAACUACGAGUACUGCGUGUACUGGAUCUUCCAUCAAGAUGGAACUGUUCAGCUUGAGGUCAAACUGACUGGCAUCUUGAAUACCUACGCCAUGAAUCCCGGUGAGGACACCAAGGGCUGGGGCACUGAGGUGUACCCAGGCGUCAACGCACACAACCACCAGCACCUAUUCUGCCUACGUGUGGAUCCCAACAUCGACGGCCCGGACAAUACAGUCUUCCAAGUCGACGCGGUUCAAGGCCCGGGCGAAGUCGGCAGUGCCGAGAACAAGUACGGCAACGCCUUCUACGCCAAGAAGACCAAGUUCACAACUCCGCUCGAAGCAAUGUCCGACUAUGACGGAUCAACAAGCCGGACUUGGGAGAUGUCAAACACCAAUAAGCUGAAUCCGUACAGCAAGAAACCCGUCUGUUACAAACUUGUUAGCCGGGAAGUCCCGCCCCUCCUCCCUAAAGCAGGCGGUCUCGUCUGGAAGCGCGCUGGCUUUGCCCGCCACGCAGUGCACGUCACAAAAUACUCUGACGAAGAAAUCCACCCGGCCGGCCGCCACGUCCCCCAGACAUCUGGUGAGCCCUCGGCUGGUUUACCUCAGUGGAUCGAGGCCGCGGGGCCGAAUUGCUCGAUUGAGAACACCGAUGUUGUGUUAUGGCACACUUUCGGUCUGACACAUUUCCCUGCACCGGAGGAUUACCCUAUCAUGCCGGCUGAGCCGAUGACUUUGUUGUUGAGGCCUCGUAACUUCUUCGAUCGCAACCCUGCGCUUGAUGUGCCCCCGAGUUAUUCUCGGACGCCUUCGCAGAUCGCAGCGGGUUCGAGUGCUUGUGCUUGUAAGAAGAUUGAUGGGUCGAGUGUACUGGUUUGA